UUCAGCUUGAUGGUGAGUGGAAAAAGUCUUGUCAGCUUGCUGAAAUUAUCUCCCAGUGUCUGGCAUCAAGAAACAUGUACAUGCUAGAUUUUGCAACUGAAAUUUAAGGUAAAUGGCCUCUUAAUUGCAAGAGAGCCUGAAGUCUGAGGGGUGUGUCAUGAUGACGGAGCCACCGCCGCCCGGGUCAGUCAUACUGACGGACUGGCAGCGGUCAGCGGACAGCAAGGAGUUCUUGAGCCGCAUUAUAAACAAGAAGCAACGCAGGCGUUUUGGUCUACUUGAAGCCCCCGUCCUGCCACCCAACCUGAGUGUGGACACUGUCCGGUACAAGGUCUUCAUCUCAGGGAAGAGUGGUGUGGGAAAGACUGCUCUCGCUGCCCGCCUUGCUGGCCUGGACAUUCCCAGCAUGCACUAUGAGACCACAGGGAUUGAGACCACAGUGGUGUUCUGGCCCGUGAAGCUGAGGGAGAACGGUCGGGUGCUGUUCCUCCGCCUGCAGCUGUGGGACUGCGGAGAGAACGCCCUGCGCAGAUUCGACCACCUGCUCCCGUCCUGUAAAGAGCAGGUGGACGCCAUUCUCUUCCUGUUCUCCUUCACAGAUCGCGCCUCCUUUGAGGACCUGUCCAAUCAAAUUGCUCGAAGCUGUGAACCAUCAGACAACAUCGUAAAGCUGGUGGUGGGCACCAAAUUCGACCUCUUCAUGCACGCGGACGUGACGGAGCGGGACGUGAAACAGUUCCAGGAGGUGUGGGGUCUGCCCGUGUUCCGCGUCGGGGGCGACGUGUUCGGCGGGCUCGGGGAGGUGGCGCCCCUCCUCAACUCCCUGGCGGAGCGGCUGUGGCACCAGGACUGCAUGGCGGUCACGGGAGGGCAGCCCGGCUCAUCCGGGGGUGCCGAGGCUGGGGGUCAGGCCGGGUCCUAACCACCGAUCAGUGUUUGCUGCAGGCAUAGCUCUGAUGUGAAGCGGACCUUUCUGUGGGACUGAACCACGUGUGUAUGGGUGCAAUCUUUGGAAAAAUGCCCUGUCUUUCACUGGAUAUUGGACCUGAUAUUUACAGCAGUUUGAAAGCUGCCAAGGGCUGCCCCCUAGAGGACUUUCUCGGUAUCACGUCCUCGUUCUUUUUGACUCAGAUCUAGUCUAUCUGUGGUAUUCAGUGUGAGAUACAGUGACAAUAAACUGAGGCACAAAAUCUCAGCAAUGCUCGCAAUAGUUUAUAGUGUUUGUACAUCCUCCAAAUUGUUUUUUUGCUAUACCACUCAGAUCUGCAGUUGUUUGCACACUUUAAACUUUCAGUUAAGCUCCAGUUACUCCUUAUGUCUCAUGUAAAUUCAGGAUCUUGGCUGUGUUUC